UUUGUUUGUUUUGGUCUCUCUGGGAUUUGUUGUGAAUGAAAAGAGCAAAAAUCUUUUCUUUCCAGAUCAAGGCAGGUUUAGCUGAAUAAUGUUUGUAAGGCAUGUUAGUGGCAGCAUAAUUUGGUUGUGUGAGUAGAUUUCUGUCAGUUCCUCCUGGGGAAGGGAAGUGUGAUUUCCUUUACUUUUUUUAAGAAGUUCAAGCAUUAUUUACUUUUCAGUCUAAUCUGGGUGUUAAAUGACAAAAAGAGAGAAUUUACUACAUGUCUCUGUUCAUUCUAUAUUGUCUAAUAAAACCUUUUUAGGAUAGGUGACUGAUGUUUAUGCAGAGUGGGUGGGAAGGAGUGUGCAUUAACAGUGUUGACUUGGUUUAUUGAUAGUGAAUUCCAGCGCUACCCCUGUGUUUAAAUACAUGCUUAGCAAACCCAGCUCUGGAAAGUGGCUUAGAGUCUCAGCUCUGGCUGGGUGAGACUCCCACAGCUGAGGCAGAGGGGGUGAGCAGUGAAGGAGGCCCUUCCCUGGUAGUAAGGGCACCUGACAGUUGUGCUCACCUCACUGGUGUGCUGGGAAUGGAUGUAUUGGGAGCAGUGAUUCAGGGUCAGACCUGGCACCACAGGCAUGGGGUUCAUUUGGAUGCUUUGCAGCCUUGCUCCUGUUUGCUUCCCAGUGAAUGAUAAGAGGGCAUGGUGGAGUCAGCUGAGCUGACUUGCUCUGGGGCUCAGAUCAAGGGAAAGCAUCUUAGCAGCCUGGGCAGCUCUGACUCUGGGCAACUGUGAUUCUGGGCAGCUGUGUCUCCUGCCCAGACCCUUGGAGCCCAUUUGACAGCCCUGCAUGUGCUGUGGGUUACCCACCCUCUGAAAAUCAACCUGCCAUCGGUAAACAAGCAAUCCCAUCAUCUGCUGGAACAGACAGGAAAUAAUACUAGGCCACCAAUGCUGCAUGGCUCUCCCCAACAGCUGGCUUUUAAUGAUUGUUUCCAAAAGGUCAGGAAAGCCAUCAGAAGCUCCAAUCAGCUGUGAUUGGCCUGGGGAACAAAAUGAUACAGAUGCUUUUUGAAUAGGACAAAGGACUGAGCAAGGAGAAAACAAUUUUCCCAGUCACUUCUAUUAAUGCCACCUCACUGCCUUCUAGCUGUAUUUUGCCUUUCCAUGGAAGUCCAUUGAGCACCAGGAGUUGGGUCUCAGAUGGGUUAGUGUUCUGUGGAGAAUCAGGUCUCUUCUUUUCCCCUUGAAAGGUGGUCCAUCAUCAUAGCACCUUCCUUAGGCACAAGGACCUUUGCAGGGAAAGGAUUCCCAGCAUUCUCACAGCUGCCUAACACUCAUUCCUUCUCUUUCCACUUCCACCCUUCAUCAGAUCAGGCUCCCUUUUUUAUCAGCCUUUACCUUUGUCAUCUGUACACUACUGCCUCCCAAGAAAUCAGCUUCCCUGUUCUUGGCACCCUUCAUCCUCCUGCUUUGGGCCAGAGAAUGCCCUGCCACUGCCAUCCCCACCCUUUCCCGACUAUCCCUCUCAGGCCUGCCUCAAGUGCAUUUGAAAAAGCUUUUGCUGACAUAUUUGCAGCAUUAAUCAUUUGCUGCUCUCUUCUAGACCUCAGCAUUUCACAGAUCUCCUCUCUUCCUUCUUUUGCAAGGCCCUUCCUUGUAUGCCUUUUGGAGGGGGAAGGAGAAGAGGGAGUAAAGCUAGCAAAGUCAACUCCAAAGCUUUCAGGGAGAAGGAAGUGCUGGCAGAAGCAGCAUGAGCUGGGAAGGCAGAGGUAACCACGUAGUGGUGAUUGUCAAGGAAGUUUCCCCUUGCUUCUCCUGAAGGAGAAGUAGGUCCUGAGCAAGGAUGCAGCAGCCAGAAGCUGGUGACGAGAGCAGAGCCAUUCCCUCACUGUGUCCACCUCAGGCCAACCUCACUGAUGGCUCAUUCUACACACGCCGCUGCAUCACUGAGGAUCUCAGUUGGUCCCUGGUCACUGUCCCCCACCUCACUGAGCUCUGCCUCCAGCAUAUUGCUCACAAUUUUGAAAAGAACCCUAUUUUGAACUAUCUUCUGCCUGAGCACCAAAAGAAGGUGGUGGACAGGCUCUCCACCAGCCUUCCACUCACCGUGACUGCCAACAUUGUAAGCCAUGAGGAGUACUGGAAGAGGUGCUGUAUGGAGCGCUGGCAAGUGUGUGACGUCUCCAACUAUGGAGACAGCUGGAAACGGAUGUUCUUUGAACGUCACCUGGAGAACAUUCUGAAGUUUUAUAUCCCUAACAUCACAGACCCCAAGCAGGUGCUAGAGCUCAUCCCGCUCUGCAAAAGCUACGUGCGGAAACUGGAGAUCAAUCAGUUCCUGCCACCUUUGUGGGUGGGUCAAAAGGAGGAGGGCAAUGACCUCUCUGACACAGAGGAUGAUGCUGAAAUUGGUGAGGUCUACACGCAUCAUUACAACCUGAAAGAUGUCAUUACUGCCCUCCCUCACCUUGAAGAACUUCAUCUCAUUUAUGGUGUGAAGAGCUGUGGCAUGAACUUUGAGUGGAGCCUCUUUAACUUCACUGAGCUGGACUGCUCCAACUUGGCUGCUGCUGUGAAGAUGUGCCGUAACUUGAAAGUUUUCAAGCUGACACAAAGCAAAGUGGAUGAUGACAAGAUCAAGCUCCUGGCCCGUAACUUGCAGCAUCACCCUUGCUUGUUGGAGCUGGACUUGUCCCACAAUCUCAUCAGGGACCACGGGGCACAAGCUCUUGGCAAGCUGAUCAGCCACAGCAGAUUAGAAACCCUUAAUCUGUGUAACAACCAGAUCUGUCACCUGGGGGCUCAGGCUCUUGCUCAAGGCCUGGCUGAGAGCUCCACUCUGACCUCCCUGAAUCUGCGCCUCAACUUUGUGGAGGACAAAGGUGGGGAGGCCAUUGGCCAUGCCCUGCUGACCAACGCCAGCCUGAAGUCCCUCCACCUGGGAAGCAAUAACCUGUCAGAGCCAACGGCAGCAGUGUUCUCCCAGGUCCUGGCUCAGAACACCACUCUGACGAGCAUCAGCUUCUCAUGCAACCACCUGGGACUGGAGGGUGGGAAGCAGCUGCUUAAAGGGCUGGCAAACAACAAGACUUUGACCAAGCUUGAUCUCCGCCAUGCAGAGGUGGACCAGGAGACCGAUUUCCUCAUUCACGAAAUCGUGUGGGCCAAUCAGGAAGUGGUGAGGCUGAGAUCUCUGCAGCACCCCACCACUGAACCCCUCUGAAUAAAGUGCUCCAGGGAGAGCUUUGGGUGUGCAGUCUUGGAAACACUUUA